GGCGGUCAUCGUAAUUGUAGUCCUACUGUUCUCAUUUAUCGACUAUCAAGCGGCGCGGUGUGUAACGUUUGAGCGGCUUUUCUAGAAAAUUCUGUUGAAUUCAUUCUGUCAACUAAUCUCAGUUGAAACAGUAUUUCACAAAGUUUCUAAGUUAAAACACCUUAAAUUAUCUUUGAGGAAAGUUACAGAUAAUUUUUGUAGAAUAACUGACGCUUUUUCUUCUAUAAAAGUAAUGGCUGCUAUUGAUAUCUCUCCUUCUAAGGAUAAUGGAGUUCUUAAAGAAAUCAUUAAGGGGGGUACAGGAGAUGAAACACCAGCAGCAGGAAGUAAAGUCACUGUGCAUUAUACUGGAACAUUAUUGGAUGGAACAAAGUUUGACUCCAGCAAAGACAGACACGAGCCUUUUCAAUUUGACUUGGGAAAAGGUAGUGUUAUUAAAGCAUGGGAUAUUGGAAUUGCCACUAUGAAAAAAGGAGAAGUUGCUGUGCUGACUUGUGCUCCUGAAUAUGCUUAUGGUCAAAGUGGCAGUCCACCAACUAUUCCCCCAAAUGCUACUCUUAAAUUUGAGGUUGAAAUGAUCGAUUGGAAAGGAGAGGAUCUGAGCCCUAAUAAAGAUGGAAGCAUUGAGAGAUUUCAAAUUAUUCCUGGAAAAGGAUAUGCAACACCUAAAGAUAGUGCAUUGGUAAACAUUCAUUUGGUGGGGAAAUACAAUGAUCAGGUCUUUGAGGAGAGAGAAGUUCAAUUUCCUCUUGGAGAAGGUGAAGAUGCAGGAAUUAUCGAAGGUGUGGAGAAGGCUUUGGAAAGCUUCAAAAGUGGCGAAAAAUCGAGACUGAAAAUAAAAAGCAAAUAUGCAUUUAAAAAGACUGGAAAACCUGAAUUUAACAUUCCACCUGAUGCAGAUGUGGAGUACAUUGUCGAAUUGAAGAGCUUUGAAAAGGGUGUGGAAUGCUGGUCCCUGGAAGCACCACAGAAAAUUGAACAAGCAAAACUCUUCAAAGAAAAAGGAACAACAUACUUCAAAGCCAACAAAUACAACUUAGCUAUUAAGAUGUACAAGAAAGUCAUCGAAUUUCUGGAUUACGAUAGUAACUACGAUGGCGAUCUUAAAACGGAAAGAAACAAUCUGCUCGUAUCAGCGCAUCUGAAUCUCGCCCUAUGUUACCUGAAAACAGAUCAGAACGUGGAGGCAAAGGAUUCUUGUAACAAAGUAUUAGAACUAAGUCCGAAAAAUGAAAAGGCUCUCUUCAGACGUGGUCAAGCCUACCUGGCACUAGCAUCACCAGAUAUUGCCGUUAAGGACUUCCAGGAAGUCCUAAAACUGGAAUUGAAGAACGCAGCGGCUGCCAAGCAAAUAGCAGUUUGCAAUAAUCUCAUUAAAAAGCAACUGGCUAAAGAGAAGAAGCUGUACGCCAAUAUGUUCGAUAAAUUCGCACAAGAGGAUAAACAGAAGGAGGAGGAGAAGCUGCGACAACAGCCGGACGUGAUGCGUGGUGCUCUUGGAGAAUGGGGCCAAGAGGAACGACCUGGAGGUAGAGAUGCCACGGCCUUCGAGAAGGAAAAUCCCAACAUUCUUAUGCUGAAUGCGAACGGUACUGGUGAAUUCAAGAAUAUGUGAACGAGUCUCACUUUACAUUGUUGUUACUGUGCUAUUGGAAACAGCAUUGAACAAUCAACAUUGAACAAUCAACAUUUUCUUCAAUGUUUCAAUCUGGAUUUUCUCAAUUUUUAAUUUCUUGUUCAUCCAGCAUUAUCUAAUCAUAGCAAUUGUAAUUGUAACCACAUUUACGUCACCGGUAUCAAUGUGAAUUCUUGGUGGGAAAAUAUUUUUGCCACAUAUACUAAUACACUAGUCAAUUAAAUAAUUUGAAUCCCGUCCGCCCAGUGUAUGUUCUCUGUGUAUUCCAAUACAUUUCAAACAGUACAAAUA